AUGGAGACAGGGCCUCAAAGUAUGAUUGAGAAUUGGCUCAAUGCGCUAGAGUCUAGUGACUUCAAGACGGAUGAAAUCACGACCAAGGUGACUGCCAAAGGCCAAAUCCACCCAACCACGCCACCGAGACGCGCAACAGUAGCGUGUGAUGAAGCAUCUCCAACAGACACAUGUUUCUCUGGACCCAGCGUCUUCGAUCCUGGUCUGCACAAGAAACCAAAAAAUAAUCAGCGGGACGAUUUCUCCGACACAACCAUCACAGACAACCAUGGCCCUGAUGCCGAGUCAAGGAGCUAUGGCGAGUUCGAGCAAGCAAUCGGACCACUACCCCCCAAUCUCGACAUAACUCACAUUUCGCCCGACGACAAACUCGCAAUUAACACGACAAUCACUGGUCCAAUUCACAAUGCCAGUGAACCACGUCUCGUCUGGAUAACUUCCUGUCUCCAAUGCACCCUCGAAAACCUCCCGUGCUCACGUACCCAUCCUUCUUGCACGCGGUGCCAGCGCAACGGCCACGCUGCCACAUGUCUCCUGUACCGCCGGUGCUUCGCCUUUGAAGCCGGGGACCCAAACGGGCCCAGUGGGCCUGUUUUACUCAAGGUAAAAGGGGAAGAUGAGGACAUGUGGAAGCGGAAGUUAGAUCUAGCACGCGAGCUGUGGGCAGGAUGGUGUCUGAGGCAAGAGAGACGCAAUUGA